UGCUGUUUGGCCAGUUUGUGGUGUUCCAGACGUUGGUGAGUGAUGUUGUGAAGAUCUACGAUGGACCAACUCCAGACUCUCCCGUCCUCUCGUCCAUCUACGGCUCUCACUCAGGAGAGACUUUAACUUUAAGUUCUGGGAACAAAAUCACCAUCAAGUUCACCACCGUGGGUUCAGAGACAGCCAAGGGAUUCCACUUUGUGUAUCAAGCUGUCCCCAGGACCAGUGCAUCCCAGUGCAGCUCUGUGCCGGAGCCCAGGUUUGGGAAGCGGAUAGGGAACGACUUUGGCAUUGGCACAGUGGUGCUGUUUGAAUGCAAUCCAGGCUACGCUCUGCACGGCGCCACUGCCAUCAGGUGUGAGGCCGUCCCCAACACUGUGGCUCAGUGGAACGGCACUGUGCCCACCUGCGUAGUUCCCUGUGGAGGGCUGCUGACGUCUCGUAAGGGGACCAUCCUUUCUCCUGGUUACCCAGAGCCCUACGCCAACUAUCUCAACUGUGUCUGGAAGGUCUCUGUGCCAGAGGGAGCAGGCAUCCAAAUCCAGGUCAUAACUUUUGCCACGGAACACAACUGGGACUCCUUGGACUUUUUCGACGGCGUUGAUGGCAACGCUCCAAGGCUUGGCAGCUAUUCAGGUACCACCAUCCCUCAGCUCCUGAACAGCACCUCCAACAACCUCUACCUAACCUUCCAGUCCGACAUCAGUGUGUCUGCAGAAGGCUUCCACCUGGAGUAUACAGCAAUAGGUUUGGAUUCAUGCCCAGAACCUCAGCCCCCCCUCAACGGUGUCAAUGUGGGCCAGCGCUUCACUGUGGGUGACAUGGUUUCCUUUCAGUGUGACCAAGGCUACUCUUUGAAGGGUAAUGAAUACAUAACGUGUAUGCCAGGGCCCGUCAGACGAUGGAAUUACCCCGUACCUCUGUGCUUAGCUCAGUGUGGAGGCUCUAUGACAGAAUUCAGUGGAGUGAUCCUGAGUCCAGGCUUCCCAGGGAAUUACCCCAGCAGUGUGGACUGUAACUGGAGCGUACAGCUCCCCAUAGGCUUCGGCAUUCACCUGCAGUUUCUAAACCUCUCUACUGAAGCGGUGCAUGACUAUCUGGAGGUGCGCAGCGGGAGUUUGGAGACGGGUUCGGUGAUCGAUAGGUUCAGUGGGUCUGUUGUGCCUGACUCUCUGUUCAGCACCACACAUGAGACCAGCUUCUUGUUCCACAGUGACUACUCUCAGAACAAACCUGGCUUCCACAUCAUCUAUGAGGCCUAUGAGCUCCAGCGCUGCCCUGACCCGAGGCCGUUCCGUAACGGCGUGGUGAUAGGCAGAGACUUCGGAGUGGGCCUGACCAUCUCGUUUGAGUGCCUGCCAGGUUACACCCUGAUAGGAGAGGUCUCACUCACCUGCCUGCAUGGGGUUAGCAGAAACUGGAACUACCCUGUACCAUGCUGUCAAGCCCAGUGUGGUGGUAAUAUCACAUCUCUGAAUGGGACCAUCUAUUCUCCCAGCCACCCAGCAGAGUACCCUAACUUCCAGGACUGCCUGUGGAGUGUACGGGUUCCCCCAGGGAAUGGUAUCUACAUCAACUUCACCGUUCUCAACACUGAACCCAUAUACGAUUACAUCACUGUCUGGGACGGCCCUGACCAAGGCUCUCCUCAGAUUGGUCAGUUCAGUGGGAACACGCCCCAGAAAGCAGUCUAUACCACAGCCAAUCAUGUCCUCAUCAAGUUCCACAGUGAUUUCAGCACCAGCGGGUUCUUUGUACUUAGCUACCAUGCAUACCAACUGAGAGUGUGUCAGUCUCCUCCAGCUGUUGCUAACGCGGAUAUCCUCACAGACCAUGACGAGUUUGAAAUAGGGGACAUCAUCAGGUACCAGUGCCUGCCAGGGUUCACCCUGCUGGGCUCGGAGAUCCUGACGUGCCGGCUGGGGGAGAGGCUCCAGAUGGACGGCCCUCCACCUCUUUGCCAAGUACAAUGUCCUGCCAACGAGGUCCGCUUCGACUCGACGGGGGUGAUCCUGAGUCCUGGCUACCCAGACAGCUACCCCAACCUCCAGACGUGUUCCUGGCUCAUCAACGUAGAGAAGGGCUACAACAUCACCCUCCAUUUCCAACUCUUCCAGACAGAGAAGGAGUUUGACAUCCUGGAGAUAUUUGACGGUCCUAACAUCUACAGCCAGAUUCUGGCGUCACUAAGCGGUGACAUCACCACGCCCUUUAACCUCACGACCUCAGGUCAUCAGCUUCUUCUGCGCUGGUCCUCUGACCAUGGCACCAACAGGAAAGGUUUCCACGUCAGAUAUGUGGCUAUGUACUGCAGUACCCCAGACUCCCCCCAGCAGGGUUUUGUAGUGAGCCAGACAGGAGGGCAUCUCAACAGUGUGGUGCGUUGGGGCUGUGACCGGGGCUACCGGCUUAUUGGAAAGGCCACAGGUGUCUGUAAGAAGACGGCAUAUGGGUAUUAUGCCUGGGACUCACCAGUACCUGCAUGUCAAGCUGUGUCGUGUGGCGUGCCCACUGCGCCGCUGAAUGGAGGUGUGCAGGCGGUUGAUUACUCCGUUGGCACACGUUUAACCUACUUCUGCAACAAUGGCUUCAGGCUGUCCUCCAAGGAUCUCACCACCACCGUCUGCCAGUCCGAUGGCACAUGGAGCAACCACAACAAAAUACCCCGCUGCACAGUCAUUUCCUGUGGAGAGCUGCCCACUCCUCCAAAUGGGAGAAAGAUUGGAACUCAGACUACCUUUGGAGGCUUUGCCAUCUUCAGCUGCAACCCUGGAUACAUCCUGGUGGGAUCCACCGUGAGGGAGUGCAUGCUGUCAGGACUGUGGAGCGGCAUAGAGGCUCAAUGCCUGGCUGGUCACUGUGGUAUCCCGGAGAAGAUUGUGAACGGCCAGGUGAUAGGGGAGAACUUUGGCUACAGAGACACCGUGGUGUACCAGUGUAACCCUGGCUUCAGACUCAUAGGAUCCUCAGUACGCAUCUGCCAGCAAGACCACCUCUGGUCCGGACAGCUGCCGCUGUGUGUCUCCAUCACAUGUGGCCAUCCAGGCAGUCCCAUCUAUGGAAGAACUACAGGGGAUGGAUUCAACUACAACGAUGUGGUCAGCUUCUUCUGUAACAAAGGCUACAUACUGGAGGGAGCAGCCAGAGCCCAGUGCCAGGCGAGCCGCCAGUGGAGUCAACAGCCACCUACAUGCAGAGUGGUGAACUGCACAGACCCAGGCAUCCCGGCUAACUCUAUCAGAGAGAGUAAGAUAGAGCAUGGUAACUUCACGUUGGGCAGUGUGGUGUUCUACAACUGUAACCCUGGAUACUACCUGUUUGGUUCCUCUGCACUGACCUGUCAACCUAUUGGCCACUGGGACAAACCUCUACCUGAAUGUCUUGAAGAGGACUGUGGGAACCCUGGCUCUCCUCCCUACGGUACCAUGGUUGGGGAAAAGUUUUCGUUUGGCUCCCUGGUGCAGUACUCCUGUUCAGGGGACAGAGAGCUGAUUGGAGAGUCAUCAAUCACCUGUCAACUCAAUGGACACUGGAGCGGCCCCAUACCUCACUGUUCAGGAGACUCUGAAGGAAGCUGCGGGGACCCUGGUACACCCGUCCAUGCAAGCAGAGAGGCCAGCAGCUUCCAUCUGCGUAGUAAGGUGCGCUUCACCUGCACUGUGGGCCACACACUAUACGGCUCAGCUGAGAGGAUCUGCUUUCCCAACGGAACCUGGUCUGGGAGACAGCCCUUCUGCAAACCGGUGCACUGUGGUAACCCGGGGUCCCCUGCUCACGGCCGUAUUUUCCGGGUCGACGGUACGACCUUCACCCACUCUGUAGUCUACUCCUGUAUGGAUGGAUACCUCCUCUCCGGCAUGCCCACCAGACACUGUCUGGCCAACGGCACCUGGUCCGGCACCGCUCCUAACUGCACCAUGAUCAGUUGUGGAGACCCAGGUGUUCCUGCUAAUGGUCUGAGGUUUGGAGAGGACUUCACUGUGGGCCAGAACAUCACCUUCAUGUGCCAGCCUGGCUACCUGAUAGAGGCAGGCGGGGCCACAACUCGCACCUGUACACACAACGGCACCUGGAGUGCCAUCACACCCAUCUGCAAAGGGAGGAAAUCCUUGCUGCUCUCAUGA